AUGCGCAGUAAUCUAAGUCUUUAUGGAUUUCAAGAAUAUCGCCGUCAACGCCUUCACAAGCUACCUCCACAUGAUUUCGCUGCCCUGAUCACGUAUCGUUAUGCUGGCGGUCUCGCAUUUGUCGGUGGGCUCUGUACGGACAAGGCUGUCAUGUUGUGCGGGUUCUAUCCAUCAUCUCCAUCUGCCAUGGGAUCUAUCUUCUUUCAUGAGGUAGCUCACCUAGUUGGAGUACCACAUCGUCCUGCCAAUUAUUCAUUGUAUGUAUCAAAUUGUGAUUGUAAAUCAAACAAGGACCCGAAAGGCGAAUGUCUACGAAUCCCGUGA